AUUGACGUUUUUAUGUGUGACGUGUGUAUUGUAAACAUUGAAAAAAUAUUAAAACGCGAUAAUAUUUCCUGCUAAUAUUCAUUAAUCGUGAAAUCACAAUGGAUAAACCGCUGUACGAUAAUUCUACUAUGUUAAAAGCUGUAAUACUUAUAGGGGGACCGCAAAAAGGUACCCGCUUCCGGCCGCUGUCUCUCGACACUCCAAAGCCCCUAUUCCCAAUAGCCGGAGUACCAUUGAUUCAGCACCACAUCGCUGCCUGUGUAAAGCUUCCUCAAGUCCGGGAGAUCCUCAUCAUUGGCUCUUACACGGCUGCGAACAUGGCUCAGUUUGUGGGAGACAUGCAUAGAGAAUAUUCUGUUGCUAUUAGAUACUUGCAAGAAUUUACUCCCCUAGGCACCGGUGGAGGUCUAUACCACUUCCGUGACCAGAUCCGAGCGGGGAAUCCGGCCGCCUUCUUUCUACUCAAUGGGGAUGUGUGCGCAGACUUCCCGCUUAAACAGCUCUGGGAGUUCCAUAUGGAGAGGCCUAACUCACUGGUUACAAUAAUGGGCACAGAAGCGACCCGCCAGCAAUCCAUCCACUAUGGCUGCAUGGUACGCGAGUCCAGUACAAAAGCAGUAUCGCAUUAUGUAGAGAAGCCUGCCUCGUACGUUUCGGCACUUAUCAAUUGUGGCGUUUACGUUUGCGCGCCGAGGGUGUUUCAGACUAUGGCGAAGGCUUUGGAAAGGAAAGAGGCAGACUACUAUAGUGGCAACAAUCAGAGCACCCCAAACCCUGGUUACAUGUCUUGGGAGCAGGACGUGUUGGCGCCGCUGGCUGGCACCAACACGCUUUAUGCCAUGCAGAUAACAAACUGGUGGUCGCAAGUGAAAACUCCCGGCUCCGCCAUAUACGCCAACCGUCACUAUCUGGAACUCCACAGAACGCAGAGUGACACGCACAACAACAACAUACUGCCGGAUGUGUUCGUGCAUCCCACUGCGUGCGUUGACGACUCUGCUGUGAUCGGGCCAAACGUGUCUAUCGGAGCCGGGUGCACCAUAAAAGCGGGUGUUCGCAUCAAAGAGUCUAUUAUACUGAACAACGCGACCAUCAGCGAACAUUCGCUCGUCAUGUACUCCGUCGUGGGUCAAAACGCAAGUGUCGGCGAGUGGUCUCGAAUAGAAGGGACCCCUUCGGACCCGGACCCCAACAAGCCGUUCGCCAAGAUGGAGAAUCAGGCUCUUUUCAACGCGGACGGACGGCUCAACCCCUCCAUUACUAUCUUAGGUGCCAGCGUGGUGGUGCCAGCGGAGACCAUCCUACUGAACACAAUAGUGCUGCCCCACAAGCAUCUAACCCGGAGUUUCAAGCACGAAAUCAUCCUGUAAACACGCCGGCCCAUCUGUUAGUACAAUCCACAGAUCAUCUUCUAAACAUUGUUUUUAUAAGGACCACCUCCGCCAUCUCCUGACCUGAAUCGAAAACUUCAACAAUUAACGUAUAUAAGCAGGUGCUGCCUCCUACAGCUCACUCUCUAUUGCUGUAUAGUCUGUAUCUUUUGUAUUUAAAUAAAAGUAAACAAAAUCUACCCUCAACUGGCGCCUUAAGCCAGUUGAGGGUAGAUGAAAACAUGACACGAUCAAAUAAUGUAGGUUAAAGUCAGGUCGUUCAGUGACAGAUCCAGGUGGUUUUGUAUUUGGUUGGUUUAUCAAUAAAUGUUAACUACCCGAAAAUGUACAAAUGAUUUGUUUACUUUUAUUUAAAUACCUAAAGAUACAGAGUAUAGUGUGGGUCUGCCAUUUAGUGGCGUACAUCGAAACCUCGUAAACGUCAGCUGCCCUCCGUUGGUGUGCUGAGAAACUGCAGCCACUCAAACACGUAAAAAAAUUUAGCAGUCGCAUCCCGAUUGCAAUUUUUUCUGUUUUGUUUUGUAUAUAGUGAAUAAAUAAUAUUGUCAGCCGGCUGUAUCGUAGUGGAAAGACCGUCGGCUGAUGCCCUGAAGGCCGUUCGCAGGUCUCACGAGUAGAAGUAACAAACACAAACGGCGCUAGAUGGAGCCCCUCGGAGUUCAACACUCGACAUGUUUCCCAUUUUUCGACGCAAAACGUGAGUGGCCCGUUUUAUUAUACUGACGAUAUUGUAUACAAAAUUGCUGACCAGACAGGGUGAAAUUGGCAAUGAAAUGGUGUUAGCAACUAUCAAAGGUUUUGGUCUCUAGUUUUGUUCUAUGAAAUUUGGCUUCAACUUAGCAUCCAGGCCAUAAAACUAAAAAAUAAAACAAGAAUUUGACAAUAUUCAUAACACCUAUGCUGGCGCAAUCUGUAAAAUUCUGCGUCUGGCCAACCCUAUUAGAAAUCACAUUUUUCGAUUGCACUUCUGAUUGAUAUAUUUGUAUAUUUCUCACUUGCCAACUGAAUGGUAAAUAUAGUUCUUUAUAAGGCUCGGAACCGGUUUUUUCUUCAUACAAAAAAUACCGGUAUUAUUACGUUCUUUGGUUUAUUAUUUAAUUUUUGAUGGGAUAAUCUAAUAAUACGAAGUUGUUACCUAAAUACAUGAUUCAAUCCUACGUUAAGAGCAUAAAAUAAUUAAAAAUAUUGGGCUAUUUCGGGUUUUAAAAAAAACCGGUUCCGAGCCUUUAUGUAUUUUAGAAAAUCCUUUUAAAGGUAUAAUAAAAUAAGACCAUAUAAACUUACAAAGUACUGAAAGAUGUGAAUUUACCUUAAUUAGAUAGUUAAUAUAAGUGUAUCUAUUGUCUGUAAAGAAACUUAUUGUAUUUAAAUAAAUUCAUAAUUAAUAAUUAUUCAUUUUCUAAAACUGUUUCCACAUAGUCUAUGAUUACGAUAGUCUUUCUCAUAUAUUUAUAACUAUUUACAUUUAUUAGCACAAAAGUAUAUUUAAACAUAAAUACCUAGAUAAAUUAAGAAUAUUUAAGUGUACUUACUUGUGUAAAAUAUAAAUUUAUAUAAUU